AUGGAACAACUGGGAGGAAUCUGCUUGACUACGAUAAACCUAAUGGUGACACAAACGGCUGCUGAGCAACAGAGCUUGGCUAGUUCUAAAGAAAGUGGACCCAUAAUUCCCAUCAAAGCAGCUGAAAAUAAUAAGAUUGCUCCAGCCAAGGCAAUCCCCGCUAAUUUCGAGAAGAUCGGUCAAAGGUUCUUCUACAUAGAGAAGAAUACCCGACUCAAUUGGUUCGCUGCCAUCAAAGCCUGCGAAAAUUUGAAUGGUUCAUUGGCGACUCUGGAGAGUCAGCCAGAGAUGGAUGCUAUUUACGAGAAGCAGGCGCGGGGUAAAUACUGGACGGACCUCAACAACCUCUUGAAUCCACGGGAAUUCACUAGUUGGUCCUCUGGCCUGAAGGCCCCCUUCCUGGCCUGA